AAGACGUGUCAAAGGACAUGAGAGCGCUCUGAUUUUUAUAACAUUAUGUCAUUUAAAGUGUUUUGAAAAUGAAAUAAUAAUAUAAUUGUCACGAUUCCGUGGUAUUGUGAUAUUAUUACAAUAUUUUGACCCAAAUGAGUGGUGCUAUCGGGCUCACAAUCACCGGUCUUGCGACGUCAAACAGUCUUGGGCGCGCUGCCAAGGGAGGUAAUAAUUGACCUUAAACGCCCGGAUGUUAGCUUCUCUGGAAAAUCCGCCAUUUUGCGCAAUCAGAGUUGCUUUAUUUUGGUCAAUAAACAAGCAAUUUGGGUUUAAAAGAUUCCGUAUAUAAGACAGAAAGGUGUACGUAGUUAGCAGGUUUCUCAAGAUAUAGAACUAGAAAUGGGUAUUUUUUAAGGCACCAACAAGAUUGGCAACAUGGGCAAAUCUCAGUCUCCAGGAAGUGCAAAAAGACCACAGUCAAGUCCAGCAAAGAACUUUCCUUUGUGUACGAGGCAGCAGAGUUGUCGUGUGUGCAAGGUCAGCACAGGCUGUAAGACAGAAAAUUGUGGAAAAUGUGUAAGUUGCAAAGAUAUGGUUCAGUUUGGUGGCACUGGACAGAGGAAGGCCAAAUGUAUGAAGCGUGUCUGCAAAAACAUGCAGACCGUUUAUAUACAAGGGCCAAAAACUGCACAAGAACAGUCAGCUGCUUCAGCAAAAGGGAAGCUAGAAACACCCAAAAAAGAUGGUGCAAAGACUACACUGGAAACUUCAAAACCUGUUCAGGCGAUGAAGAAGGUCAAACCAGAUGAUGCUAAAACACCCAUGGUUAGUCAAAAGGUGAAAUCAGCGGCAACAAGUGUAGGAGCCAAUAGAGCUGUGCUAAUUGAGAAAAGUCCUAAGAAAGCUUCUGAUUAUCCCAAAACACCUCAGCAAAGUCCUAGGACUAAAGCUCAAAGUAGUAUCCAGGCACAGACUAGUCCAAAGGUAAAAUCUGAAAACAGAGCUCCACCAAGUGAAAAAAUUAGAGCGGAAAAUAUGAAGACACCACAGGAAAUUUCUAGUAACAAAACAGAAAACAAGGCAAUUAGAAGCAGCCCUAGAAUAAAGCCGGCAGUUGUCCAAAAUAUACCAAAAGUCAACCAACAGCAAACAGAAGAAAAGGGUGAUAAUAUUCUUGAGACAAAAACAACAGUUACAAACUUACCUACCAAACACUUUUAUCCUAAACCUCAAGAGAUUAAAGUCGUAGGGCAACAGGAGACAGUGGCAAAACAGAAAAGUGCUGAAGAUGUAAAGACAACUAAACAGGCAAAGGAAGUGCUAACUCAGGUGACAAAGGAAAGCGGAAGUUCUUCAUCGGAGAAUGCCACAACCAUUUCAUCACAGAAAAACAUUGAGCUACCAACUGUAAAAUUAGAUUCUAUGACAAAGACUGAACUAAAGGAGUUUAUCCCGAAGUUGCUCAAACUGGUAACGGGUAAAGAAGAGGUGUUCUACAGUCGUAGGUCAGCCAAGCCAGAGUGGUGGCCUGAUGAUGUUGCCUGGGCUGCAAGCCGAUCUGCCUGGUUUUCUGAGAAGUACUGGACUGACAAUUUGAAGUCUGUUGUUAAGAAUUGUUAUAAGCAUGUGGGCAAAGAGGAUCUUCUGCAAAGCUUUGUGGCUGACUCUCAUAUUGACUCCAGAUCUUCAGAAUCUUUGGGUUCAGAGGAUAUGCACUGUGAAGAUUCAGUGAAGACAGGAUCCUAUCCAUCAUCACCAGUUAAGAUUAGAAUGUUUCCACAAGAUCUAUUCCUGCCAUUUUCUGCUGAAAUCUACAUCUGUUUUUUCUGUGAGAAAGAGUUCUUGAGCAAGGAGAAGAUGCGCACACACCAGAAAGAUUGUAAAGAGCGCCCACCUGAUCUACAGAAAAUGUACUCCAGUGACUCUUCUCUUCAUUCUGUAUCUUCUGUCCAAAGCGAGAAAGUGAGCGAAAAAAAAUCUGUCGAUAAAAACUGGUCAAAAUUAUCACUUGACAAGUUCACAGGAUAUGUUGGACUAGUUCCCAAACUUACGGCUGUUAAGCUACGGGAACAGAGACUGAGUUUGGAAGAAGUCAACUGUGAAAUAAUAGACGACAUUGAACCUGUCUCUCCAGUUACACCAAAGACACCCAAGUCUUUAAUCUCACAGUUGAGUCGAGAUGAUUCCAGUCAUGCAUCUAGGAAAAGGCUUUCUUACUCCUUGUCUAUGGAAAGUCACAAAGAUGCAGUUACUGUAGAAACAGAAUCAGAUUCUGAUAGUGAAACUGAAACUGGACAGGAUCACAAACAAGUUCAUGAAAUGAAUUUACUGGAUAUCCCUGUUAGCUCUUUGUUAGGACAAAGGAUCAAGAAUUAUGUACAUGUUGACACGCCAUUGAGUAUUGUUGAAGAUACCAGUUCCUUUUGUCGAACUCCUGUGAAAAACACUUUCCUCGAGAAACUGAGAAAGAAGCCGUUGAUAUAUCCGAUUCUGUAUCGACCAAGACGUAUUGCAAACAUGCAUAAACAGAACCAUAUAUACAGAUUCAGAAAUGCUGAAGUGAAAGAAUUUAUGAGUAGGAUGAAUACUGGAUUGAAUCUGUCUAGUAUAGAAAAGUUAAAGACUAUGAAAAGGUUCAGUAUUCGAGUACCAAGAUUAUCCAGAAGAAGGUUGCUCAACUGGAUUCCUAGGCGUACCUUAGAUAAACAGCUGAGAGGUGCCUUCAAGGGACUGAAGUAUAAUCCAUACAGUGAGUUUGAUGACACUGUAUGUGAAUUUCCAUCAGGACCUACUUUGUUGGCAAAGAACAUAGACAAACUGCUUGGACUGAAGAAACGAUCAAGUCAAGAGAACUCAAAAAUGUCAAUGAAGAACUCUCUGUCUCUAAGUAACUUCAUCUCGGAAGAGAUGGAGGCUGAAGUAUCGAAGCAGAAGCUGACCUUGUAUAGGAGUUUAUUGUACGAGAUGUCUGUUUUAAAACCGGAAGUUGUAAUGGAGGAUAUUGGGGGACAGGUGAAAUCUGUCAAGGGAGACAAUCAGGACAAGAGCCAGAGUGGAAGCAGAAAAGUUGCGAUUUGUAAUUUGGAGAAAACUGAAGAAAAAGAUGUGAAACCAAGAAGUGUCUUUAGAGAUAUGCUUCGUAGGAGUAGGGAAGAGAGGUUAAUGGCUGAAGCUGAAGAAAGAGAGAGAAAAGAUGAAUAUCAGACUUUGAAAGCACUAUUAACAGCUCCUAGAACCCCUGACAAUGUUAAAUUUUUAGUAAAGAGUGGUCCGGUAAAAACAACCCCAUUGUCCAAAGACAUUCAUGGUGUUAAAACAGAGAGGAGGUCACCAAAUGAUGAUAGUAUUUCAAUUAUGUCGGGAUCUUCAGAAGGAGAAUCGUUUCAUUCUAGCUGUUGUCAGGGAUGUUGCGACAAGAAACACCAUCUUGGUCAACAAACUUCCGGUAGUGCAGAUCUAAACAGUAGUAUUCAAGAUUCAAACAAUUCAACUCCAUUUAUUCAGCCGUUACACGUGGAUGUAGAUCUCAGUACAUCAAAAAUUGAUGAGUAUGGUAUUCCAUCACCAAUGUCAAUAUCAAGUGAGUCGCCCUUUCCACCAACACCUAGCAAGUCUAGUUCUAGUUCAUUGGAUCAUCCAAGCCAGCUGCAUAUGAAAGCUGGUGAUUCUGUAGAUAAUUCGCCUGUGAUGAGGAGAGAAACGAGGUCUACUCGAUCUUUAGGACUUUCCUCUCCAGUCAGUGUAGAAACUGAAGGUAAUGAACGUCCUGUAUUUUCAUUGACAAGCUCCAAGUCGCAUGACAAAAUCAACCUAGCGAGUGUCUCAGAUUCGUUGAUGAAAAAUUCCAUGCGACGAAUUCAAACGGAAGGAAUUCAAACGCGAUCGUGUUCUGGAACUCCAAGUGACAGUCCAGUAAAACGGUUGACUCGUUAUGGCAGUUCUGCUCCAACAUCCCCAUCCAAAGUGACAAAACAGAUUAAGUUGCCUUUGGAUAUUAAACCGGUCUCAAAGAAUCUGGAAAGCCCAACUUCAUUUCAGAAUUCAAAUGCAGAUAUAAAAUUCAAACUUCGGUCAGGAGGCUCUGUGAGUAAAUUAGGAAAGUAUGAUUCUACUCUGAAACCCAAGUGUUCAAGUUCUUCUCCACAAUUUCAUGCUACGGCAGCCAACAGACAAAACUCAGGAAGUAAAAACUGUGAAGGUAUUGAGUCUCAAGUAAGCGACGGUUCGUUAAGACGGUCCAAACGCAGGUCUUCUUUUCUUCUUGAAAGUGUCCAGCCCACUAAACUGCGCAAGGUAUAUUCUGAUAUGGCAGUGAACACACGAUAAAGGUUUCCAGCAGAUUUUUAGGCAAAACAAAAAAAAAAAGUAAAAAUAAUUGUGCUUUAUGCAUGAGGUUAUCUUUUCUUUUGUUCAAGGAAAAUUGUACAGGUUUGAAAGUGGUUAGCAAAGACUUCUAGAAAAAUAGUACUUAUAUUCAAUAUUAAGAUAUUUUGUCUGUUUUUAUUGGUUUGAAAGAUACAAGUUAAUAUUGUAUCCUAUGGUAAAUUAUGUAUGCUAUCUACUUGCAAGUAUUAGGUGGAAACUUUUCUCUGAAACUGAAUGUUAAUUAAACCUUAUAUCAGAUGUUUUUGUUUACUUUUGUAAAUUUAUAGCAGGGAUUUCAUGCUGCUAUAGACGAUGGCAGUUCACAAACUCUGUUGAUAAUUUUAAACAACGAUUAUUGAAAUUUGAGCGCCGCUUUGUGAAAACCAAUGAUUGGGCUUUGCAACCAGCAAGGUUCCAGAUUAGUGCACAUCCAUGCAGUUUAUCAGUUUAGCACUCGUAUGCAAUUGACAAGCAAACAGUAUGGAUCCAGAUCAGACUUAACGGAUGUCGAAGCAGAUCUGGAUCCGUGCUGUUUGCUAAGUCCUAAUGUUGGUUUUCGCACAGAAACACAAGCAGAAGAUGACAUUUACCUUUCUUGUUUGUAGAUCUGAAAGUAUUUGAAUGGAAUUUAUUAUGUUAUGACAGUAAUAGAUUUAGGAGCUACUGUUUAACUCUAUUAUUUUGUUUAUCCAAGGAGAAGAUUCAAGAUUUUAAGAUAGCAUACCUGAAAGUCCCUUUUCCAGCAUUAGUGCCAUAAAUUUUGUUUUUGAUUAAUUUCCUAUAGAUUGGGCGAUUUUUGUCUUGCUUAUAUUUUGCAGUUAACCCUUACCCUGCUAAAUUUCUGUAAUGAACUUCAUCUUUCAAUUUGAUAGUUCCAUUAACUGUUAAAAGGGGUGCUUACCAAAAGAUACUGACUGAAUGGUGAACAGUGCAGAUCUUGAUCAGACUGCAUGGACGUGCAGGCUGAUCAUGAUGUACACUGGUCGCAAAGGCAGAAUCAGUUGUGUCCAGCAUGAUAAGGGUUAAAUGGGCAGCAGACAUAUUGGUGUUAGUUAGAAUUCAUGCCAUGCAUUAAUUAUAAUAUUAGAAAUUUUUUACUGGAGUUUUUAAAAUUUGCAUGUUGGUGUGAGUUAGACACUUGUGAAUAUUACCCAAAAUACAGUUUUUAUUGUGAAAUCAUUCAUAUUCAUGGGCAAAAAAGUUUUGUGGAUGAGUCGCUCCACAAAAUAUAAUUGAAACAAACAAGUAAACCUCUAUUCAUUUCAUGUUCUAGAAUUUGUAUUUUCACGAAAUUGCCAUUUUGAGCAAAAACCAUUAAAUAAAAUGAUUUCACAGUAUUAUGGAAAAUGCUCAUCAUGUUAUGAUUAAGUCAUUUGCAUAUAGUUAGUAUGUUAAAAACCUCUUGUAUGGCUCAUCUGUUAUAGAAGAUGUUGAUUAAGCCAUCCUAAGUUAUAAUUUAUUCAUAAGUAAUAAAAUACACAGUUUAAUAAUUGCCCAUUUUUCUACCUUCUGCUGUUAUGAAAUGAGCUGCACCAUGAGAAAACCAACAUAGUACAUUUGCGACCAGCAUGGAUCCAGACCAGCCUGCGCAUCCGCACAGUCUGGUCAGGAUUCAUGCUGUUCGCUAACGGUUUCUCUAAUUGCAAUAGGUGUUUGAAAGCGAAUAGUAAGGAACCUGACCAGACUGCGCAGGCUGGUCUGGAUUCAUGCUGGUCGCAAAUGCACUAUGUUGGUUCUCAUGGUGCGGCUCAAAUGUACUUUCUAUCUGUUGCAUGUGUGGUAUGAUAAAUCAAUUAGGCCCUUCGUUAUUAUCUGUGUUUAAAUUAGAAAUGAUGGCCUUAAACAAGCUACUGGUUACUGUUACACCGAUAUAUUUCCUUUGCUUUUGCUUUUAAAGGGGCAUUCAACCACAUUUAUGUCAAGAUUUUAGAAGGUACUUUCAUUAGUUAAUAAAAGCAAGUAAGAAAUAUUAAAGUGAUUCAUUGCAAGUUCUAGAUUGUAUUUCCCAUCAAAAAUACUGGAAAGUUUGUAAAACAUUUAGAUAUCUGUAAUUCACUUGAUCAAAAUUUGUUUUAAAAUAUAAUGAAUUUAACUGUUCUGUAUGUACUUGCAAUAUUUUAACUUGAUUAUGAUAUGGUUAAAGAAAUGAUAUAUCCCAUACUGUGAUUUUAUUUGACAUAGUUUCAAAUACCGUAUGUAAAUUCUAGCAUGACAUGUACCAGAGAUUUGCCAGUUUGCAAUCUAUACUUUUUUAGAGCACCACUGCCAUGUUUGGUACUUUGAGGAUUUUACUGUGACAUACAAACAAUGAUUUUAUAGUGUCACUCUGUAAGCAUUCUUAUUUUUUUUAAACCGAAAACAAAACAUAGUGUUAGAAUUUAGGAAUUCUGAUAUUUUGUCGAGAUGCCUUUGGAGGUAUGCCCCUUUAAACCUGAAUUUAAUGUAAAUACACAAACAGAUCUGUGCAAGAUUGGUAUAAGUAUAAGUUAGGUUGUAGCUCGUUGUACAUAUGAAAAUAUCUGUGAUUCCUUUUGUAUUAAUAUGAAGUUUUAAGAUGAUAUAUAAUACAGCCUAGGGUGACUGUAGUAGUAAGUUGUAACAAUGUAUUGAUUUACUGAUGGUUUUCUGAUUGUCUUGUAAAUGCGUAUGAGAAGAAAAUACCUAGAAUAGCGAGAAAAUAAUUGAUUGAUAAGAAGUGUUUAACUGAAGUAAAUGAUGCUUCUAUUGUUAUGGAUGCAUUGACUGAUGCUUAAUAGUAAGAAUAGUUUGAAGAGUCCAGAUUAAAUUGAUAUGAAAGUCUAGAUUUGGGGACAAUUUUGUAAAAGUGAGCAAAUUUUGUUAUUCAUUUUCAAUUUGGGAUUGUUCAGAACCCAUGUUAGGAAGCAUUCUCGGGUCAAAUAUUAAUACAGACUUUUUUUAAGUUUUCAAAAUAAUUCAUUUUUCAUGAUUUCUGAAAUAAAAAAAGAAUAAAAAACUUUUUUCUUUGGAAUUGAUUUUUCUUUAUUUCUUCUAACAUAGUAUGUGUGUACUUCCUUACUUGAUACAUCAAAAUUUUAAACUCGAAUGUGUUUUAUUGUAACAUUUGAAAAACAUUUAGUGUAUAAAGUUAAAUAUUCAAAUAUAUGUGUUAUGAAAACCAAUCAUGAAGUAUCUAGUUUAGUUUCAUAUUUUUUUCUGUUAUUUUCUUUUCAAGAAUCUCUGUUGAAGUGCUACUCUUUGGUUUAAACAAUAUUUAUUUCCAAAUAUUUGUUAUGUACAAGCAUAGGUUAAGGACACAGGAUGAAGCUACAAGAAUGUGUUGGCCCCUUUCCUGUUAAAACCUCUUUCCUACUAUUCUUGACCUUAUUAGAUUUCUAACAGUCAUUAUUUGUUGUCUUCAGUUAAAUGCAGAACUGUUGUACUACAGGUCUUCUUUAUGAAACAAUACUGGUACAGCACUUAACAGGUAAGGUAAAGGUAGUGAGUCAUUUUAGCUCACCUGAGCACUAAGUGUUCAAGAUGGACUAUUGUGGUACA